AUGGAUCUCAAAGGCAUUUCAGGAUGGAGCAUUCUUAAGAUCCUCAUCAUAGUGCUGAUCACGCUUGGCGCGACAACUCUCCUUCUCCUCUUCUUCAUUCCCGGCUCGCCGUUGGAGGACGCGCUGCUCGAUUUUCUCGAGUGGCUCGAAUCGCUUCCUAAAUGGCAGGGCAUCUUGAUGCUCACCUUCGUCGAGACGGUGUGCACCGUUCUCAUCCUUCCUGCUACUCCUCUCAACCUCGCUUCUGGCUUCCUCUUUGGCGUUUGGUGGGGAUCUCUCAUCUCUGUCUCGAGCACAGACAUUGCCUCAGUCAUUUCUUUCUUCAUCGGCCGAUACGUGGCGCGAGGCUGGGCAGAGAAGGAGAUCGAGAAGCGACCCAAAUUUAAGGCUGUAGAUGCGGCAGUGGAGAAGCAGGGCAUGUGGAUCAUCAUCCUUGUGCGAUUUUCGCCAGUUUUCCCCUUUGGCUUGUGCAACUAUCUGUUCGGCUUGACGAAGGUCAGUUUCGUCAAGUACUGGAUAGCGACCACGAUCGGCCUUCUCCCAUACACGAUCGCCUACACGUACCUGGGGUCGCUCAUGCGACAGUUGACGGACAUCUUUAACGACGACUCGACCGACUCGACACAGCAAAUCAUUUUCCUGAGCAUUGGAGGGAGCGCCACGAAAGAGUAUGAGGACGAUCUCCUCAGAGCGGCAACAGAUCCCGACCUUGAGGAACAAUUGAACAAUGACGACGAUUUGAGCGUGGACGAGACAAAGACGGUCUACCAUCGCAUUCCCGACCCGCAUGCCAAGCACGCCAACGGCGGAAAGACACGGAACGCUGCGAUCGGAGCGUAA